AUGUUGCUGCAACCGCUGGUGAUGCAUUUAAGCCAAUUGCUCCGGCUUAUAGUUGGUCAAUAUUUUGCUGGGUUCUCAUCCAUUUUGAUUGUCUACAAUAAUACCGGAUCGGCAACACCCCUUCAACAGGAUUAUUUAGGGUCCUUGGAAUUAGUUCUCCGGGAAAUCAGUCACUCCGUUCGCCUUCAAUGGAUUAAUGUGGCACUAUUGAAGGAUCGGGAGGACUUGGAGAAUCAAGUUAUGGGUGCUCUGAAUAGCAGUGUUACGGAGGGAUUUAUCACCAUUUUGUCGAAGACAGACCACUUUCUUCAUUCCAGGUACUAUGCCACUCGGAAUGCAAAUGUGCGACUCAAGGAUAAGCGUUAUUUGUUCCUGUGCGAGGACGAAAGCCCUGCGGAAUUGCUGGGCAUGCCUAUACUGCAGUUCUACCCCCACCAUCUGAUGGUGCGACCUGGAAUCGAAACUGAGGCUGGAACAGGAACAGGACCAAAAACAGGACCCCAACCAGACCCCAGGCGCAUGGAGGGAGCAUCGGUAAACACGAGAAACAAGGACGUUGGAGUGGGCGGAAUCGGGACGACAACCACUUCGCCCUACCGCGACAUCAAUUUCGAGCUGUGGACACAAAAGUUUGUCGGUGCCUUUGGUAAUUUGGAUGCCCUGCUCCUGGACGCAUUCUUGCCGAACGAAACUUUUGCCAACCGGGUCGAACUUUAUCCCAACAAGCUGCUCAAUCUGCAGCGCCGCAGCCUGCUCGUUGGCUCCAUUACUUAUGUCCCAUAUACGAUUACUAAUUAUGUGCCCGCUGGCCAGGGCGACGUGGAUCCCAUUCAUCCGCAGAAGUCCAACCGCUCGCUCACCUUCGACGGGGCCGAGGCCAAUGUGAUGAAGACCUUCUGCCAGGUGCACAAUUGUCACCUGAGAGUCGAGGCAUAUGGUGCCGACAACUGGGGUGGAAUCUACGAUAACGAAUCGAGCGAUGGAAUGUUGGGGGACAUAUACGAGCAGCGCGUGGAAAUGGCCAUUGGCUGCAUCUACAAUUGGUACGAUGGAAUCACAGAGACCUCUCAUACCAUAGCUCGUUCAUCGGUGACCAUUUUGGGGCCAGCUCCUGCACCAUUACCAAGCUGGCGCACUAACAUAAUGCCCUUCAAUGACCUCACUUGGCUAAUGCUGAUCGCCACUUUAACCAUUUGCGGCACCUUUUUGUAUUUUAUGAAAUAUGUGAGUUAUCGUCUGGGGUUUUCUGCAAAUCAGGAGAAGUUUUAUCAUGGCAGGAAGCUUGAGAAAUCCAUGCUGGACAUAUUUGCUUUGUUCAUACAGCAGCCGUCUGCCCCUCUGAGUUUUGAUCGAUUUGCGCCGCGAUUUUUCCUGGCUACACUUCUCUGCGCCACAAUCACGCUGGAAAAUAUUUACAGUGGUCAACUGAAGUCGAUGCUAACCUUUCCCUUCUACUCGGCACCCGUGGAUACGAUCGAGAAGUGGGCCCAGUCACAGUGGAAGUGGGCAGCUCCCUCCAUUAUCUGGGUGCAUACGAUCCAGAGUACCGAUCUGGAAACGGAACAGAUUCUGGCCCGGAACUUCGAGGUGCACGAUUAUAGUUACUUGGCCAAUGUCAGUUUUAUGCCCAACUACGGAUUCGGAAUCGAACGAUUGUCCUCGGGAUCGCUUUCUGUGGGCGAUUAUGUGUCCACAGAGGCGCUGGAAAAUCGAAUUGUUUUGCAUGACGAUUUGUAUUUUGAUUAUACAAGGGCUGUUUCGAUACGUGGGUGGAUCUUAAUGCCUGAGUUGAAUAAACACAUUCGCACCUGCCAAGAAACGGGUCUUUAUUUCCACUGGGAAUUGGAGUUCAUUGACAAGUAUAUGGACAAGAAGAAGCAGGAAGUGCUGAUGGAUCUGGCGAAUGGGCACAAGGUCAAGGGAGCUCCCCAGGCAUUGGAUGUGCACAACAUCGCCGGCGCUCUGUUCGUUCUGGCCUUUGGCCUCACCUUCGCUGGCUGUGCUUUGGUGAUGGAGUUUCUGAUCCAUAGAAUGGAUAUGAGCGAAUAA